AUGGCAAGAUGCAAUGCUUGUAAGCAAGAGUACAAAGUGGGUGGAAAGCAGUAUGGUACGUCAAGUUUAAACCGUCACUUACCUAAGUGCAAACAAAUAAAAUUUGAAGAUGUUGGUCAAGUCAUGAUAGAUAUGCAAGGCAAACUAAAGUCUAUGAAAAUAGAUCAAAGGAUAUCACGUGAGAUGUUUUCUGAAGCGAUUAUUGAACACGGUAUGCCCUUUAAGUUUGCUGAGUAUAAGAAGUUUAGGCGUUGGCAUUCUUACCUCUGUCCUGAUUUGAUUCACAUUUCUAGAAAUACUCUUAAAAAAGAAGUCUUCAGUUCUUACUUGAAAGAGAAAGAAAAGCUUAAAAACACAUUGGCUACCAUCCGUAAUAGGAUAUGCUUAACUUCGGACUUGUGGACAGCCGUUAACGGUAAUGGUUACAUAUGUUUAACUGCACAUUAUGUUGAUACAAAGUGGAAGCUAAACAACAAAAUUCUCAACUUCUGUCACGUGCCUCCUCCUCACACUGGAUUUGAGUUGUCACAACAAAUACUUGAUAUGCUGAAGGACUGGGAAAUAGAGAAGAAGAUUUUUAGCAUUACUUUGGAUAAUGCAUCUGCCAAUGAUACUAUGGAAGGAUUGAAAGUUUCUAGUGAUGCUUUGAAUAGAAUCAGAGAGAGUGUCAGAUAUGUAAGGAGUUCAGAAGGUAGAAUGAAAAAGUUUAAAGAAUGCAUGGAACAAGUUGGGGAUGAUAAUGCUUUAAAUGGGAUGUGUGUAGAUUGCCCUACCAGAUGGAAUUUCACUUAUUUGAUGCUUGACGGUGCUGUCAAAUAUCAACGUGUGUUUGCAAUUCUCCAGUUGAAUGAUAGAAAUUUUAAAGAUUGUCCUUUAGCAGAUGAUUGGAAAAAAGGAGAGAAUCUUUUUUGGAAAAUUCAGCGUGUUCUAAUUCGUAUGAGAAAUGAUAAAGAUGAAGUUGUAAAGAGCAUGGCUGAAAGGAUGAUGGUGAAGUUUGAGAAAUAUUGGAAUGAGUAUAGUGUUGUGCUUGCACUAGGAGCAAUUGAUGCUAGUACAUCUAAUGAAAAAGUAGAAAAGAUAAGGAUAAAGUUGUAUGAGCUCUUUGACAAUUAUGCAAGAACUUCUUCUUCCAAUGUCAAUGUUCAAGGUGAUGUCAGCUCAAGAUCUUCAAGUCAAGGGUCAAAGGAUAAGAAGGGGUGGUCUGAUGAUUUCAUUGAUGAAUUGAAAAUGCACAACCAUGACCUUGCAAUUAAUGCUGGAAGGUCUUAA